AUGGAGCUCGACGUGACGGCGACGGAGCCGCGCGAGGCGGCGUGGCUGGUGAUGCAGCGCGUGCGCUGGGAGGCCGUGUUCGGCGCCGACCGGGUCCCGCCGUCCGGGCCGUGGCGCCGCCUGCUGCUCGCGCCGUCGCUGGAGAACCUGGCUCGGCUUCGCGGCGCGCGCCGGACGUCGUCGUCGUCGCCGCCGCGCCAGAGGCUUCUGUCGGUGCCGGGCCGGCAAGAGCAACAACAGGAGGGGGGAGAAUCCUCUGCCGCCAGCGUCCUCACCACCGGUAGCGGCACCAGCCGCCUAGUAAGUGUCCACAACAUCGUCCGGUUCCCUAGCCCAAGUCGCAUUGGGUCCCGCGAGAGCCUUUGGGUCCGGUCGCGCCGUCGCUGGCGUGGAGCCGUCCCCACGCCCGUCUCCAGGGCGUGGCGGUCCAUCAGGCUUGGCCGUGCACGGGGAGUCGUCAUCGCCCCGAGCCCCGGGGAGCGCCCGGAGCGUCCCACGACCCGGUCCAUGAUAGUCCUGGGCUGA